AUGACCUUCGAGGAGAAAACAUUUUGCUGCAGCGUCACGGUCGCUGUCGUCAUGAUGUGCUCAGCCGAACUAGCGACUAUAAUCAUUGCGUAUCUUACCAAUGUAGAGCAUCCGCUAAUGCGAUGUCAGUCCUACAAUGUUUCUGUCUUUGGCCUCGGUGAACGACAUUCUGUAAUUGCACAGCGACGAAUAUGUACCAAUAAUGGAGCCCUACUGGCUUGGAUAAUAAUUCAUCUCUUCAUCGAUCUCAUCGCUUUGAUCGCUAUACAAACAACUCGAUAUCGAGCCCUUCUACCCUACAUUUUUACUGCAGUGAUAGAUCUGCUCAUGUCUUCUGCUUAUCUAGUGGUGCUAUUUGUACAAAUGAUUCGAGGCGACAAGAUUGAUAAUGUGCUGGUGAUUUUCAUCAUCUUUGUGGUGCUAUUCAAAAGCUACAGUUUGUACUGUUCACGACGACUUUAUUGGAUUCUGCAAUCAGUGUUUGAUCGUCGCUACAGUACUCGUACAGUAGUCAUCAAAGAUGAUUCGUCUUUUCAGUUUUAA